AUAAUGCAGUUGUUGUGCAAAAUGCAUUAAUGACACAAUUCAACAAGUCAUUAAACAAGACGUAAAUAAACAAAGCAUGCCGUUUCAGAUGUAAAUAUGAUGCCAAUGUGUCAUUAUUCCGACUGAAUAGUAUUUGAUAUAAAAAUUAGCCAACACUUUUGGAGGUUUUUGCAUGAAGGCAGGGGCGCUCAGAUUGUUAAAAAUGUAAGUGCCUGUGUAUGCACAAAUUUCUGUGAGCUGUGCACACUAUGCCCCCUUAAAAAAAAAUUGGUGCAUGACGCCCCUGGAUAAGAGUGCCUCCUACUGGUAACCGAGAAUUAAUGCACGUACAUGGAGAAUAAGACAUUUUCAAAUUCAAAAUACCCUGGUAUGUCACAUAACCAGCUUCUGAAAUACCCCCUUGGUGUUUUUCAUAUCAGUACUUUUACAGUUGGUGGCAUCAAUGCACGCCCUAUAGCCAUUUCAUCAAAACCUGCUCUGCCUUUAGGCUAUAACUGAUGUAUUUCUUAUUUAUUUAUCAGUGUGCAGGUGACAUUCUUGCAGGUAUUUUGAUCAGUUAACGGGUUGUUUUUCUGACAAAAUAGACUACAUUUUCGUUAUUUUGGAGAGUUUGUUUCGGAUUAUUUCAUCUUCUAUGAUUUGAGGAGUUCAGUCAAACUAAAAUGAAUUUGUUCACAGUGUUCGUCUCUCUGUUUAUCCUAAAUGGUGUGUUUGGUGUUGAUGGAGAUGAAGUGAAGUCAGUGUCAGUGAUGGAGGGAGAUUUUGUUACUUUAAACACUGAUAUUACUCAAAUACAGAAAGAUGAUCAGAUAAUGUGGAAGUUUGGACCUCAGGAGACUCGUAUAGCUCAAAUUGAUAAAAAAAGCAUUGAUAUGUAUGACAGUGUUAAGAUAUUUGGUGACAGACUGAAUCUGGACAGUCAAACUGGAUCUCUCACCAUCACAAACAUCAGAAUCACACACACUGGACUUUAUAAACUACAGAUCAUCAGUAAAAGUGGCAUUAAAUACAAGGCAUUCAGUGUUACUGUCUAUGCUUCUCUGUUUGUUCCUGUCAUCGUCAGAAAAUCUUCAUCAGGAAGAUCAUCAAGAUCAAAAUGUGUGUUAUUGUGUUCAGUGUCAAAUGUGAGAGAUGCAAGUCUGUCCUGGUACAAAGGAAACCGUUUAUUGUCCAGGAUCAGUGUGUAUGAUCACAAAAACAAACUCUGUCUGCCUCUGGAGGUUGAAUAUCAGGAUACAAACACAUACAGAUGUGUGGUGAGCAAUCCCAUCACAAACCAAACUAAACAUCUCAACAUGGAUGAUGUCUGUCAGACAAGUUCAGGACUUUCUCUCUCAGAACUCAAGCAUCCUCUUGUACAUGUCAUUGUGCUGUUGGUUUGGCUCAUACUCAUACUUUAGCUGGGUAAUGAAAUGAAAUGUAAUGAAAAAGGAUAAUAUAUAUAUAUAAUUUUUCUGUACUUGUGCAACUUGUUUUCAUGGACCAUGUGUUUUGAUUUUUUUUUUUAAACUACUGACAAGACAAACAUCAUUAUGAACACAUUCAUUUUAAGUUUUUAUUUUAUUUUCUUGGAUAAAAGAUCAACAAUCAGUCAUCUUUACCCAGCAGUAAUAGAUGUUACAGUCGUGGCCAAAAAUAUUAGCACCCUUGGUAAAUAUGAUCAAAUAAGGCUGUAAAAAAUUCAUCUGCAUUGUUAAUCCUUUUGAUUUUUUAUUAAAAAAAUUCACAAAAAUGUAUCCUUUCAUUGGAUAAUAGGAAUUUAAAAUGGAGGGGAAAUAUCAUUAUGAAAUUAAUGUUUUUCUCAAAUACUCGUUGGACACAAUUAUUAGCACCCCUAGAAAUUCUUAUUGGUAAAAUAUCUCUGAAGUAUAUUCCCAUUCAUUUUCACAAUUUUCAGAACUCCAGCAUGAUUGUAAACACAAAAUCAUUCAGCUCUGGCUUCUGUUUCACAAAAAUAUAAAGAGGAGGGGAAACAAAGCCUAAAUUCCCUUAAUCAUCCAUCACA